AUGAAUAUUUUCGAAGAAAAUGAAGCGCAUGAAAUGGGGUUCCAAGUAGACGGCGGCCUCGAGAAUGAUAGCAGCCUCCACCUUGACGGUGACUUCCAACCCGAUGACGACCUGCUUGUAGAUAACCCCCACCACGAGCAAGGGGCAUUUUCCCCCAAAAGCGUGAGCAGCCAUUAUUCGAAGAACGAACCUCAACUAAGAGAUUCGGACCUGUUCCUAACAUUGAAUAACGAUUUUGCACCCAGAAACAAUUCCUUUUCGGAGGAUAUAUUACAUUGCUAUGAGAAGAAGGAUCAUCAGGAGGAGAAGAAUUAUUUGUAUCCUUUGCACAGUGAAAAGGAAGCGCUCUCCAUCGAAAUGACAUACGAUGGAUUUUUAAAUGAUAACAACUACUCCAAGUCUAGAAGUAUGUCCAUGAAUUUUACGGAUCCUUCAGACGACUGCAGCGGGAGUUCUGAUCCUCCGGGGGGAGAAGCAAGGGGCAAGACGGAUAAACCUGUGAACGGAGAGACUAGCAUGGAUAAAUGGGAAGGGGACAAUAUGCAUGAACAGGGUGAUAGUGAGGAGGGUGAAGCGAAGGUGGAUAUAGAUGAUGUAUCGAAUAAAAACGGCGAAGCGAAUGAAAAUGUAGAAGUUAGUGAAAAUAGUAAGGUCCCUUGUGAUGGAGAUGACGGAAAGGACGGCAAGUCAAAUGGCGACAAGGAGGAGGGAAAUGAAAGAGGAAGUGCAAGUAAUGAGGAUAAGGGGGAAGGGGGCAACGACGAGGAGAGAGAAGGUAAUGACAGUGAAGAGGCAAAAGAAUGCAGUGAGGGUGAGGAGGAAAAAGUUGAUGAGCAAAACAGCGCAACGAACGACAGUGGUGAGAUAGAUGGACGUGAUGAUAACCCUCAGGAGGAAAACGGAGAAGGAGAAAAAAAUUGUGAUGAGGAGGAAGGGAUAAAUCAUGGGGUCCAUGAGGAGAAGGACCACCCAGUUGUAGAAGUUUCCCAUGUGGAGGAUGUUACCCCAACAGGGGAGGAGCCCCUCAUGGAGGAUACCCCCCCCGAGGAGGAUGCACCCCCCGUCGAGGAUGCACCGCCCGUCGAGGAUACACCCCCCGUCGAGGACAUUCAGAGUGAGAUAACGGAGCUGAGGGAGGAAAUUAAAAAUAUGAAGAAGGAAAAAAUACACCUACUGGCCAAAUUUAAGGCGUACACAUUGAACAACAAAAGGGAGAUAGAACGGUUAGAAGGGGAGUGCAAAAGUAGGGAAUACGCAGUUAGAAUAAUGGAGGAGGAGUGCAGAGGGAGGAUGAGCCAAAUUGUAGACCUUAAAGAACAACUUGCGCAUCUGCAGGAAGAGAAGGCAAAGAUGGAGAGGGAGGCGAAGACCUACGCACAGGAGGUGAACACGCACGCUGAGGAGGUGAAAAGGUUGCAGAGAGAAAACGAUUGUUUAAAGAUACAGAUAGAAGAAGAACACACAAAAGUGGAGAUGCUCCAAAGUAGCCUUGAUGAGCACAACUCGGGAAGGAACAAAUUGAAGUUGGAUCUCCAGGAUGAAGAUGUGUUGUUUCUUUUUUCCACUGAGUCAAAUCGUCUCGUCUGUUUUACGAAAAAUGGAGAAUAUCACAUUGUGGAGGAGGAAUUAUUCAGGGAGAGUUACUCCACUGUGAAAGUGCCUACAUGUGUGCAGGACGAACACCUGAACGAGAUAAAGGCGCGUGAAAAGGAGCAGGCUUUCCAGGUAGGCAAAAUGGAAGAGGAGAGGGCCCACGUCGAGAAGCAGAACAAACUGCUCAAGGAGGAGAAGAGCCGCGUCGAAGAGGAGUUCUUGGCCUAUAAGAAAAAAGUAACUGCCCUGAUUAACGAGACAAACGAAAGCUGGAAAAAUAUAGAAGAGAAGAAUGACACCAUACAAAGGCUCAACAACUCUCUCCUGAAAUACGAACGGGACAUUGAGUCAUACAAAAAUGAAGUGUCAACGAUGAUGGAAAAGUACAAGGUUCUGGAGGGGCAAGUUUGUAAAGAAAAAAAUUUACGCGAGCAACAAAAUGUCCAGCUAGCUGAGCUGAAAAAAAAAAUGCAGAAAGAGAAAGUGGAAAUAAAAAGAAAGUGCAAGGAAGAGUUUGAUGAGGAAUGUCAACAGAAGGUUAACGAAGUCAAGGCCAUCUUCAAUGAGAAGGAGGCGAUACUGCAGAACAAGAUCCAGUUACUCCUUCACCAGAUGGAUCGUAUGGUAUUCUCCAAUGAGGACAAAUCGAAGGAGCAACGGAUGCAGUCUCAGUUGCAAACACAGCAAUCAGAGCAGUCGGAACAAUCGACAUCGUUAGGCCAAUCACUUCCCCCCCGCGGAGAUGUUACAGGAGACCUGAGUCACUCCACCAAUGGAGAGGAAUUGCAAAGUGGAGGAAUCCAGGAGAAGAUGGACUCCCAAGAACAUACGCGCUCACAGAUUGAUGGACAGAGUAACGUCGACUCUGUUCACAUGACAAAAAUCAACAAAAGGGAAAGCUCCCCUCAAUUUCAUACCGACAAACACGUUAAGGACAAACACGUUAAGGACAAACACGUCGAGGACAAACACGUCGAGGACAAACACGUCGAGGACAAGCACGUUGAGGACAAGCACGAUGAUGGCACCAAGAUACCAAUAUAUCCAAACGAAUAUAAAAAAAUAAGAAAAAAACUAGAUAAAUACGAACUGGUCAUUAGUAAAGAAAAGGAAGACAAAAAAGAACUAUUAGAACAAAUAAACUUUUUAAGUAGCCAAAUAAAGGUUUAUGAAUCCAUUAGUGGGAAUUACGAACACGUGUUGUAUCAGAAGAACAUCUUGCAAAACUUUAUCGCGCAGAUUCCUUCGAAUAUAAAAAUUGAUGACUACAUUACGGUUAUUUACAACACUUUUAAUUUCUCUGCGCAGGAGAUCGAGUUAAUAAAUGCCAAGCGUGCUAAAAGGUGA